GUACAGUCGCGCGCAGAGGGCGGCACACGUGUCUCCCGGUGUAGCUCUUGAGUUUCACUCCACCCCUCAGGAUCGAGAGGUUGGGGGUGGUCCAGACCCCUUUUUGGUGUGCGCUUACCUUGGCCUGCGUGAGCGUGAUCCACGCUGUUCCCUGCGCUCACGAAGCCAACUUGGCCAAGCAACUGUCCCUGGAGCGGCGCGAGGUGGGUACCGGGCACUGCGCAUGCGGAGCUCCAAAUUCAAACAGCUGUGUCCGGGGCUUCAGGAAGGUGGACUCGGAGUCGCUGGAACUAGGGGACGCUUUCUCCAGGAGGUGGCCACUGAAGAGCCAUGGUGGACCGGGGUCCCCUGCUCACCUCGGCCAUCAUUUUCUACCUGGCCAUCGGGGCGGCGAUCUUCGAAGUGCUGGAGGAGCCGCACUGGAAGGAGGCCAAGAAAAACUACUAUACACAGAAACUGCAUCUACUCAAGGAGUUCCCGUGCCUGAGCCAGGAGGGCCUGGACAAGAUCCUACAGGUGGUGUCUGAUGCUGCAGAUCAGGGUGUGGCCAUUACAGGGAACCAGACUUUCAACAACUGGAACUGGCCUAAUGCCAUGAUUUUUGCAGCCACGGUUAUCACCACCAUUGGUUAUGGCAACGUGGCUCCCAAGACCCCAGCUGGGCGCCUCUUCUGUGUCUUCUAUGGUCUGUUCGGGGUGCCACUGUGCCUGACGUGGAUCAGCGCCCUGGGCAAGUUCUUCGGGGGACGUGCCAAGAGGCUGGGCCAGUUUCUUACUAGGAGAGGAGUGAGCCUGCGGAAGGCUCAGAUCACGUGCACGGCCAUCUUCAUCGUGUGGGGCGUCCUGGUUCACCUGGUGAUCCCACCCUUUGUGUUCAUGGUGACGGAAGAGUGGAACUACAUCGAAGGUCUCUACUACUCCUUCAUCACCAUCUCCACCAUUGGCUUUGGGGACUUUGUGGCCGGUGUGAACCCUGAUGCCAACUACCAUGCCCUGUACCGCUACUUUGUGGAGCUUUGGAUUUACCUGGGGCUGGCCUGGUUGUCCCUCUUUGUCAACUGGAAGGUGAGCAUGUUUGUGGAAGUGCACAAAGCCAUCAAGAAGAGGCGGCGGCGGCGGAAGGAAUCCUUUGAGAGCUCCCCACACUCCCGGAAGGCUCUGCAGAUGGCUGGGAGUACUGCCUCCAAAGACGUCAACAUCUUCAGUUUCCUGUCCAAAAAAGAGGAGACCUACAACGACCUCAUCAAACAGAUCGGGAAGAAGGCAAUGAAAGCUGGUGGGGGUGGGGAGAGGGUCCCAGGACCGGGACAUGGGCUGGGACCUCAAGGGGAUGGACUGUCUAACAUCCCUGCGUCCCUCGUACCUUUGGUGGUCUAUUCCAAGAACCGAGUGCCCAGCUUAGAGGAGGUAUCUCAGACUCUCAGAAGCAAAGGUCAUGUGUCGAGGCCAGCUGGUGCGGAGACUGAGGCGCAGGCCCCUGAAGAUGGCUACCCAACCGCUGAAGUGUUUAUUAACCAGCUGGACCGGAUCAGCGAGGAGGGUGAGCCAUGGGAGGCCCUGGACUACCACCCGCUCAUCUUCCAAAAUGCCAACAUUACCUUUGAAAAUGAGGAAACCGGCCUCUCGGAUGAGGAGACCUCCAAGUCUUCCGUGGAGGACAACUUGGCCUCAAAGGAGCAGCCUCAACAGGGGGCUGUGGCUGAGGCGCCCUUGAGCACCGGUGAAUUCCCUUCAUCAGAUGAGUCCACCUUCACCAGCACCGAGUCGGAGCUCUCUGUGCCUUAUGAGCAGCUGAUGAAUGAGUACAACAAGGCAGACAGCCCCAGAGGCACGUGAGGCGGGCCUGGCUCCCCACCUGCUCUCCAGUGGCUUCUUCCCCUCACCCGGGUUAUCCUGUGAUGGCCAGACCCCCGAGGAGAGGGCCUGGAAAUGAGGUGGGGAGCCAGGGGCCUGCUUUUCCUUCUGUCUUCUCCAGCUGGUUGCUUCCAUGGGAUGUGACGUCGGCCCAGGACAGGCCUCCAUUCUAUGGCUCCCAUGGAAAGGCAGCUGUCCUGGGCCUGCCUGCCUGGCAGGAGUUUCUGCUGACUCGGGGCCUGCAGGGUGAGCACUCACCCUAGACGGCCUCUGCCUUCGGCUUCCCCCAUCUUUCGGUUGACUAUCAGACGGUUCUCUGAGGCCAGGAGCUUCAGCUGAGUUCACCAGUGUUAAUGGGCAACGCCUAUGUGCCUUGCACUAAGCUAGGUGUUUGGAAGGAGUUUGUAAGACCCAGGGUUGUCGUGUAGGAGUUCUUCAAGUGUUCUGGAGAAGCACAGAUAUGAUGGGGGUUUGGGGCACCUCAGCACCCCAGUAGUAACAGGACCCAUCUGCCCAUCCACUCAUUACUCUGCCCAGCAAGCCCUUUACUGCAAAUCUCAGGGCAGGGGCUGUGGGAGAGGGAGGGUGGUCCCAGAGCCUUGUCCCAUCUCAGAGUCUCUCUGUGUAGCAACAGCAGGCCCAAGGCUUUCUGUACCCUGGGGGUGCAGGAGAAAUGGGGGUGGCUGUGGAAACUAGGGAGCUCAGACAUGAGGUGCAGGCCCCUCAGCCCCUGCCUGAUGGACGUAGAAGUCCCAGCCCCAGCCUGGGCACCCACACUCUCAACCACCAUCUCUUUUCCUGGGGAUUCCUUCACUGCCUCCCCUCCCCCUCACUCUUCUCUUAGUGGGGCCUGUGGGGUGAGGCCACACUGUUCUUGGCUUCUAGAACUGUGAAUUGAGCUCCCCUCUCCAGCCGCUGUGGUGGUAGUGUGUGUAGGUGCCAAUGGGCGUGUGUGUGUAUGCAUUUGUGCUGGGGAGAAAAGAAAAUGUGAAUCUUACUGGACCAGAUGUUCCUGGUGAGGUCUGGGAACUAGCUGCUGUAUAAGUAAGUCCUCGAUGCUCAACCUCCAGCCAGCCCACUCUGGCCUAAAUGUUUUUUGUUAUUAAUAAUUUUUUUAUGAACUGUUCUUUUUAUACCCAGAAUCUGUCAAUGGCUUCGGAGCCAAUACAGAACAGGGUCCCUGCAAGUGGAAUGGAUGCCUGUACAGGCACUCUGUUGUCUUCCCAACUCUGCUUGUCCUUUUGUGGUAAUGUCAGCCAAGGUCUCGUGCAGAGCUGGGGGAACACCACUGCAGGUCACUGUGUGCUGGCUAGGAGAUGUGAGUUGCCAGUUCAGCGGAUAACCUGCCUCAGCCCCUUCCCUUGCCACGUGAAUUCUGCUGAGGGGCAUAUAGGGCCAGAGGCUCCCCCCCAUGGUGACAGUGAGAGGUGGGUGUCCACACCCCACUCUUUAAGCGGUUGUAGAGGCCACACUAGCCUCAGGGUGGGAGGAACAGCCUGGCUCCUGUGAAAAGUGUCCUAGGCUGAAUGUCUUGGAGCCACACUAACCACUGUAUGCAUGUACUGGUGGUGAAGGCAGAUGUAAUUUAUUUGAACAUUUUUACAAUAAAACACAUG